GUAGUAGUGUGGUGGUGGUGGCAGCGAUGUUUUUCUUUGUGUUUUUUUCCGUUUUUUAGUUAUGGUCAGUCCCGUUGUCACUUUUGGGGUUUUGGGGUUUAUUGGAAUAGCCUACUUUAUGUUUCUUUAAGUUAGAAACUUCCAAUUAAUUGUUUUCGCUUUACUUCUUAAGUCUUCACUGAGUGGAUACUUAGGCCUAAUACAUUUUUUAAAAUGGUUUGAAAGUUAGUGCAUUACAUAAUUAUAGGGUAAUUAGGCUAUUCUCAGGCUGUUGUUAUUAAAAUGAAAAACUUCUGUAAUAGUCGUUGUCGAUAAAAUUUCUCAUUCAGUAAAAAAAUCUUCCCGUGUGAAAUACGUUUUCCACUCCUGCCGAAGAAGCCAAGUUGUCCUGUAGUAGUAUUUUCGGAUAAAAUUAGAUUUAAAGAGAAAAAAACAACAGUGGGUCUAACGAGACUUACGGUCGAACGGUCAUUUCAGCAUCGCGAUGCGAAAUUAAAGCUGAUGGAUUUGACGGUUUUUGUGAAUCGAAUUUAUUCCAAGGCGAAUUUCAAUCAACUUUCAAAUGUCAAAACAGGUUUACACGGACAGAUGAUGGAGUUUCAGUUUGUUCUGCUCGGGGUGGAGCAGGCUCUUGACACGAAGGACGUGGAGGCCCUAGCAUUCCUGUGCAGUGACCUGCUCCGCAGGGACCUGCGCGGAGUUACCGCGGCCUGCGAGCUCUUCUCCAUGCUGCAGAAGGAAGACCUCCUGUCCGCAGAGGAUCCUUCUCUUUUGACAGAGCUGCUUACCAUUUGCGGACAUAUCAAAUUAAUCCGUGAACAUCGACUGCCUCCUGCCUCCAGUAAUGUAACCUCCUACAGAAAGAUGCUGUUUGAACUAUCAGAAGAAAUCACACAGGAGGACCUUAAGAGCAUCAAGUUUCUGCUGCAAAAAAACCUUCCUCGGAGUAGACUGGAUGAAACCACUACGAUGUUUAAACUGCUGCUGGAGAUGGAGAAGGCAGACGAGCUUAGCCAUAGCAACUUGGAAACACUGGAGAAAGUUGUCGGGAAGAUUAAUCCCAAACUGAAAAGCAAAAUAAGCCAUUAUAUGAAGACUCAGGGUACCCAUUCUCAGGAGACUGGUGAGAGCAGGACAGAGAGUGUGAAGCUGUCUAUGCCUGAGCAGAGUUUGCCUACUGAACAGAGUCCUCUUGUCUCUCACAUCAGCCAUACUCCAGCAGUCAUGCAGGAGCUCAUAUGUGGCCCAGUGGAGACUGAAUUCAGAUCGUUAUCCUUCAGCUUAUCUCAGGCAUCCAGCUGUUGCAACCGCCAAAGUAACUCCAAUGAUGGUGGACCUGCGGAAACACUAAGCAGUACAAACCCGCUUCGCGCGGAGGCAUCUGACUCUACAGUAGACCAUAAGCCAGAAGCCCUAGACACACCCUUGGAUGACCAGGCCUUGGGUGUAUAUGAGAUGAAGGGAGAGAAAAGGGGAUUCUGUUUAAUCAUAAACAACUAUGACUUCUCAAACUCACAACCAAGUCUAAACAUUAGGGAAGGAACACACAAAGAUGCGAAGAACCUGGAGGAUGUGUUUCGUUGGCUUGGAUUUGAAACAUCGGUUGAGCAUGACUGCAGCCACGAAAAGAUCCUGUCCCUGCUGCAGAGCCUGAGAGACAAAGACCACACCCUCAUGGAUGUUCUGGUGUGCUGUGUGCUCAGCCACGGCCAGCUGGGGGCCGUCUACGGGGUGGACGGGAGAGUGGUACCGCUCAAGGAUCUGACAGAGCCUUUCUCAGGCAGCCGGUGCCCUACGCUAAGGGACAAGCCCAAGUUAUUCUUUGUGCAGGCAUGUCAAGAUAAGCCGAGGCAGACGUGUGCAUCUGUCCAGGCCGACGGAGACGUUGACAGUGACGCCAGAGUGCCCAAGGACUCCCUCCAUGAUGCGGCAGACAUCCUGUUAGGCAUGUCCUCUGUGCCCUACUCCCUUUCGUACAGAGACGGGAAACAGGGAACCUGGUAUAUCCAGUCUCUUUGCCGAAAUCUGCUGCAGCUGGUACCCAGAGAGGCAGACCUGCUCUCCAUCCUGACAGAGGUCAACAACGACGUCAGCAAAAUGUCCGAUCAGACAGGCACCAAAAGGCAGAUACCCCAGCCCGCAUUUUCACUACGUAAGAAGGUUGUCUUCCCUGUACCAAAGGCACCAGCCCCUUCGCUGAGCAAGUGAAGAGUCCGACAUUAAAUCAGCGUAUCUCAAGAAUACAGCAACGCACAGAAUGUUAUUGUGUCUGACUUUAUUUAAAAAAAAUAAAAUUUUAUUAAAAUA